AUGGCAGAUCCAAACUGGUUCAAUAAAACACUAGAAGAAGUCGAUCCUGAAGGAGUCACUCUAAGCACCUACCUCGGUCCUAAUGGGACUCACAACGAGAAGUUCCACAGCCUCCAGAGCGAGCAGUUCAUGAAAUAUCAGGCGUAUUGCUACUAUAAUCCGAAGUCAGACAUUUGUGCUAAAAUGGAGAAACGUAUAUCAGAGGAGCAUCAAGUGAGCCACAAGGACGCUUCAGCUGUUCGUGUCCUUGCCUCGCUACCGUAUGCCUUCUGCAACAACCAAGUCAAUAAGUUACGACAGGAGCAUGUCACUGAAGAAUGCAAAAAGGACCAGUCUAAUUCUGGUCCUUUCUUCACGAUAUUUGGAGGAUUGCUGCUGUUAGGUGUGGGAAGAACAGUACCGUUCGCACUUGGACUACCGUUGAUGGACGACAACGUGAAGAAGCACAAUCUUCCUCUUUAUUUCGCAUGCAUGUUUUUUGUGAAAAUUCUCGGACCUGUGAUUGGGUUGCUUAUUGGUAGCAAGCUCAACGAGAUCUACUACAACUUUAAUCCUCCACAAGGUCUCACUCCUUUGGAUCCUAUGUGGAUUGGAUGCUGGUGGCUCGGAUUCAUCAUAUUCGGAGUUUUCCUGUUCUUCCCGUCUCUGGCUCUUUUCUUGUUUCCUUCGGAUCGUCUAGAUGAGAGCAACGUAAAGAUUUAUCCCAAGGAAACAGCUGUUGAAGGAACAGCACCACUGAAGCCGAGAAAAACGCUGAACCUCUACGAUAAGCACGUCACCAUUCACGGCAAACACGUCACAGCAAGCGAAAAAAUGAAGGAGUUCGGAACUACUGCUCGAUCAUUGUUCCGCAAUCCGAUCUACGUUGGUGCGAUAUUUGCACGAAUCGUUGACGUCUUGGCUUUCAAAGGGUUUUUCGUGUUCCUCGGGAAAUACUUGGAAAUCCAGUACGGCGUACCACAGUACAAAGUUCAGAAAUACUUAGCUGUUACUGGCAUUGUGGGAUUCGGAUUCGGAGUUCUCUGUGGGAGUGUUGCAAUGCGAAAAUUCCGUUUGCAGGAAGCAAGAGUUAUGAAGAUUUAUCAAAGAAGAAAGGCUGCCACAUGGGUUGCCGUCUGCUCACUGGUUGCCGCAUUGAUGGCGUUCACAAAUGGUGCUGUCGGUUGCAACUCGGUGAUUGGUAAAAUUGGAGAGCAAGCUGUGUGA